GUGACGUAUGAGGAGGGAAAAUCAAAACAUUGUGCUUCACGCCAUUCACAAACGAGUUACCCACCUUACUAACUACAGUUUUGCUCUUUGUACGAUUUCGCUUUCAGCUGUACGUGAAGCAAAAAACGACAUAUUAUAUUGUCCAGAACGAGACAGAAUGCAGAGGACUUCCCGUCUGAAGCGCGAGUUGCAGAUGUUGAGCACAGAGCCUCCUCCAGGAAUCACGUGUUGGCAGACGGAGGAGCAGAUGGACGAACUCCGGGCCCAGAUAGUCGGAGGGGAUGGGACACCGUUUGAAGGAGGACUCUUUUCACUUGAGAUCAAAGUUCCGGAGAGGUAUCCAUUUGAGCCUCCUAAGAUGCGGUUCCUGACUCCCAUCUACCAUCCUAACAUUGACAACGCUGGUCGGAUCUGCCACGACGCACUCAAACUCCCUCCCAAGGGUGCAUGGAGGCCAUCCCUGAACAUCUCUACAGUUCUCACGUCCAUCCAGCUGCUGAUGGCCAAUCCCAACCCUGACGACCCACUCAUGGCUGACAUAUCUGCAGAGUUCAAGUACAGCAAACCGGUGUACCUGGAGAAGGCCAAGAGGUGGACGGAGAUGCAUGCUGUUCAAAACAACAAGGGCGGUGUGGAGACGGUGGACAGUGUGGAGUCUCGGGUCCAGGUGGACAGUGUGGAGGCUCCUGUCCAGCCAUUGGCCCGGAAGAGAGAAGCUCAGAAUGUCUGUCAGGACAAGGCAGAAGGGGAACGAGAGCCACGCUCCAAGAGAUCCUGUCUGUAGCGGGACACCUACAGACACACACCCUCUCCUAUGCCCUGGUGCUGGUCUUGCUCUUUCUGCAGUUCGUCUUUUUAAAUGUGUAUUUUUCCAGCACAGAGUGUGAUGUUUAUCAGUGGUUUCCAGUCCUGCUCAUGGGGGCUUUUGGGGUGUUUUUGCUUUCAAAUCCACUUUAAUUGUAUGAAUCAAACUAAUGUUUUGCUUUCAAAUCCAUUGUAUGAAUAAACUUUGUAGAAAAUAUAUUAGGAAAAUAAUUUUAAGUCCUUGGUCCAGGCUUGAUUAACACUUUGGUACUGGAUAAGGAAUGUUCCUUGUAUUAUAUACUUUUUCUUAUUAAAAUAUAUUUCUGCCGAACU